GUCUCCACUGAGCGACUUCAGCUGUCUUCACCGCCUCGGAGUCGGCCUUUUGCCACCAAUCUCCAGUUCUGGGUCCAUACUUGCACUCUCUCCCGCACCCCGCGUAGCUGGCGCUUCUCUCCCCUUCGCCAUCCUCGCUCCCCGCGGGCUGCAGGGAGGCGUGGGCCCUUUAAGAACCGCAGGACCGGCUGGCAGCAGCUUGGGCAAGGGCGCAGUCGCCCCGCGGGUUCGGGAGAACAAGGCACCAAAGAUCGGGCUUAGGGAACCGGGUGUGCUCGGCCGAGAGGGGUAGGGGCACGCCCCAGUCGCCCCUCCGCAGGCUUGUCAUCUCUUUUCUGACCUGAGUCUCGAGCCCUCCCCUGUCGCCUGCCCCGCCCCGGCCCCGCCCCGGCCCCGCCCCGGCCCGGACGCCGGGUUCGGGAGCCGGGACACCGGGCCCAGUGCCGCAGCCAGAGGCAGGUAAGGAGGACCUAGAGUCUCCAUCCUCAGCCCGUGGCAGCGCUCAUCAUCUCAGCUCUGCACCAGCCCAGGGCGCCUCAAGGCCGGACUUGGCGUGAUGGCAGAGAAGACUCUGGAGGCCGUGGUCUGUGGACUACGACCUGGAGCUGUGGCCAUGGCCGUGGCGCUGGAAGAUGGGGCGGAGCCCCCUGUGCUGACCACGCACCUGAAGAAGGUGGAGAACCACAUCACUGAAGCCCAGCGCUUCUCCCACCUACCCAAGCGCUCAGCGGUGGACAUUGAGUUCGUGGAGCUGUCCUAUUCUGUGAGGGAGGGGCCCUGCUGGCGCAAACGGGGUUAUAAGACCCUCCUUAAGUGCCUAUCAGGUAAAUUCUGCUGCCGGGAGAUGAUUGGCAUCAUGGGCCCCUCAGGGUCUGGCAAGUCCACACUCAUGAACCUCUUGGCAGGAUACAGGAAGUCUGGGAUGAAAGGGCAGAUCCUGGUCAAUGGGAAGCCGCGGGAACUGAGGACCUUCCGCAAGAUGUCCUGUUACAUCAUGCAGGAAGAUAUCCUACUGCCACACCUCACGGUGCUGGAAGCCAUGAUGAUCUCCGCUAACCUGAAACUGAAUGAGAAGCAGGAGGUGAAGAAGGAGCUGGUGACGGAGAUCCUGACGGCGCUCGGCCUGCUGUCCUGCUCCCACACGAGGACAGCCCUGCUCUCCGGUGGGCAGAGGAAGCGCCUGGCCAUUGCCCUGGAGCUGGUCAACAACCCACCUGUCAUGUUCUUUGAUGAGCCCACCAGUGGACUGGACAGUGCUUCCUCUUUCCAAGUGGCAUCCCUCAUGAAGUCCCUGGCCCAGGGGGGCCGAACUAUCAUCUGCACCAUCCACCAGCCCAGUGCUAAGCUCUUUGAGAUGUUUGACAAGCUCUAUAUCCUGAGCCAGGGUCAGUGCAUCUUCAAGGGCAUGGUCACCAACCUGAUCCCCUACCUGAAGGGGCUCGGUUUGCACUGCCCCACCUACCACAACCCGGCUGACUUCAUCAUCGAGGUGGCCUCUGGCGAGUAUGGAGACCUGAACCCCCUGCUGUUCAGGGCUGUGCAGAAUGGGCUCUGUGCCAUGGCAGAGAAGAACAGCGGCCCUGAGAAGAAUGAGGUUCCCACCCUCUGUCCCCCUUGCCCUCUGGAAGUGGAUACCAUCGAAAGCCACACCUUUGCCACCAGCACUCUCACGCAGUUCUGCAUCCUCUUCAAAAGGAGCUUCUUGUCUGUCCUCAGGGACAUGGUCCUGACCCACCUGCGGUUCAUAUCCCAUGCGGUGAUUGGCGUGCUCAUUGGUCUCCUCUACCUGCAAACUGGCAACGAUGCCAACAAGGUCUUAAACAACACCGGCUGCCUCUUCUUCUCCAUUCUUUUCCUCAUGUUUGCUGCCAUGAUGCCAACUGUGCUCACCUUCCCCUUAGAGAUGGCAGUCUUCCUGAGGGAGCAUCUCAACUACUGGUACAGCCUCAAAAUGUAUUUCCUGGCCAAGACCAUGGCUGAUGUGCCCUUCCAAGUGAUAUGCCCAGCUGUGUACUGCAGUAUCAUGUACUGGAUGACAAGCCAGCCGGCUGAGACCAGCCGCUUCCUGCUCUUCUUAGCCUUGGGUGCCUCCACGGCCUUGGCGGCCCAGUCUCUGGGGAUGCUGAUUGGAGCUGCUUCCAGCUCCCUACAGGUGGCCACCUUUAUGGGUCCCCUCACCGCUAUCCCCGUCCUUCUGUUCUCCGGUUUUUUCGUCAGCUUCAAAGCCAUCCCCAGUUACCUGCAGUGGAGCUCCUACCUCUCCUAUGUCAGGUAUGGCUUCGAGGGUGUGAUACUGACCAUAUAUGGCAUGGGGCGAGAAGACCUGAGCUGCCUGACGGAACACUGCCCUUUCCAGAAGCCAGAGAACAUUCUCCGAGCCAUGGAUGUCGAAGAUGGCAAGCUCUACGUGGACUUCCUGGCCUUGGGCAUCUUCUUCCUGUUCCUGCGGCUGCUGGCGUACCUUGUGCUCCGCUACCGAAUCAAGUCUGAGAGAUAGAGCUCUGCCCUGGCCUGGGCCCCAGCCCUUCGGGACUGUUUUAACCUUGUAGACUUGGGCCCUCCCCUCUCUCAGCUCCUUUGCAGGCUGGCUGGCAGACUGCGCUCCCAGCCUUGGCCCUAGGGGUGGGGAUGCCAGCCCUCUCUGCCAUGCCCAGGAGUCUUUCCAAGUUGAUGCAGUCUGUAGCUUCCUCCCUCCUCUCUCCAACACCUGCAUGCAAAGACCAUUAGCAGGCUGCCACCCUCCUUCCUGCCCCGCCCCCGACACCCUCCUCUGUUGUCUGCCUGGGAGCCCCGGCUCUCCAGGGCCCCUCUUACAAUUGACCAAAGUGGCCCCCCUUUUGGGUCCCACCACACAAGUGUUUGUAAACUGGCUGUUAUAAGGUUGGGGUUCUAGGGCUGGGUCCCAUUGAGGUCCCCUGGAUGUCCUGUUGGAACGGGGCAGGGACAGGCUCUGGAAGUCUCUUCUUCCUUCUCCUCACCUCUCUCCACCCUUAGACCCUGGCUGAUCUGGACAAUCUGUUGGGACAGGUUUCUGGAUCUGUCUGGACCAUCCCUCCCAGUCCUAGGGGUUGGAGAGGCCUGGCGCCUUGGGCUGUCCCCCGGACCCAUCUGGUUGGGGCUGGGCCUGUGGCUCCUCUGCAAUAAUGUCUCUGUUUCUUUCCCAUCUGUUACUGGAAGUAGAGAAUGCACUUUAUUCAGGGGUGGGGGUGGGGGUGGGGUGGAGGGGGUGGUGGUGAGUGGGUGAAGACUCAAGCCUCCUUUCUUGCUGUUCAUGUGGUCCCGCAGUGGUCCCUCCCCUCUCCUGAGUUACAGGCACAUAUACACUACACAGACAGGCAAUCUCAACCCUACACACACUCGCCGUCCCCCGAUGGCUCAGAGGAAGGGUGAUGGUGGCAUGGUGGUGGCAGGUGCUGUGGGGAGGGUAAUGCCAACCUCUUCCUGGGGCUCCCACUUAGACUCUAAGGAUGAGGCUGGUGCUGCCCAGGCCGUCUCCAGGAGCUGCAGGUGUCUACCCCCCAGUCUUCCCUUCUUCCCAAGCCUGGAGUGGCACAGGGUACCAGCUCCCUGGAGUUCAGGACCCCACACAAGCACAAAGCGCGAGCAUAAGUUGGACAUGGUCACUGCCACCCCAUGGCUCUUUUGUGUGUCAAGCUGGCAAUGUCACUCCUCCACCCCUUCCACGGCCACUUGCUGCUCAUUCAAACUCCUGUCCAUGUCCUGCUACCUGCUUCCUAUCAGCCAAGGUGGGCCCUGGGUGUCAGAGCAGCAUGGCCGGGGCACCAGAGUGACAGAUGCACCUAGAACGUGUCUGACUUUCCUGGGAUGGCUGGGGUCCAGGCUCAUUCUACUUCUGAUUUCCUCUUCCCCUAGGGCACUUGUCACCCUUUCUUCCAGUGCACAUACCUCUCUACCUUCCUUACCCUGCAACGGAUUCUCCCCAUCACACAGAGAUGCCCAUUGUAUUUGUGGGAUUUCACUCAUUAUUAAUAAAACCUAUAUUUAUACAGUA